AUAUACAGGACAUUGUCGUCGUGGCAUCCUCAUUUCUAUAAUGGGAGGAGUGCGAAACUAAUUGAGUACCAAAAUACUCCACUUAUAUGCAGUCACAUAGUUAAUCCAAAAUUGUUAACAAAAAGUCAAAACUGUACCAGAGACCAGUGAGAGGGAAAAAGUUGAUAGUAAAAAAAUUUUUAUAUUAAAUUUUCAAACUUUGAAUUUCAUUAUUAUCAUUAUAACAUAUCAAUAAUCUAUAUCAAUAUGGCUGAUACUGAACAAAAGAAGAAGAGAGUCUUCAGAACCUUCACUUUCAAAGGUGUUGAUUUAAAAGAUUUAGUUGAAUUAUCAACUGAAGAUUUCACUAAAUUAUGUAGUGCCAGAGUUAGAAGAAGAUUCUCCAGAGGUGUUGGUACCAAAGAAAUGGGUUUCAUUAAUAAAUUAAGAGUUGCUAGAGCUAACACUCAACCAAAUGAAAAACCAGCUACCGUUAAAACUCAUUUAAGAAACAUGGUUAUUGUUCCAGAAAUGAUUGGUUCCGUCGUUGGUGUUUACAAUGGUAAAGUUUUCAACACUGUUGAAGUUAGACCUGAAAUGGUUGGUCACUACUUAGGUGAAUUCUCCAUCACUUAUACUCCAGUUAGACAUGGUAGAGCUGGUAACGCUUCUUCAAGAUUCAUCCCAUUACGUUAAGUUGUUGUAUCAUAAAUAUAUAUAAAACACCAAAACAUAAAUUAAAAAAAUCAAUCCUCCUUUGUUAGUUUAUAGUAUAAUUCAUCCCAUUUGGUUUACUAAAUGAUUUUUUUUCAUACUUGAAUAGCAAAUUUAAAUCAUAAAUAUACAUAAUAUUAUAUAAGUCGUUUUUUUUUCAUUUGAAUUGUAGAGUUCCUAUCAUAUUUGAUCUCAUCACUCCGUAUAGAU